UGUUUAGGCCUUAUCAAUCAGCAUUCAGAUUUGGUUUUGCAUCGAAGCUUCAACCAGCAACAACGAUUAAAACAUCCGCGUUGAAAGAGAGCGAUGAGAGAGUUGCUUUUUCUUCGCGAUCUUACGUUAAUCAGCCCUUAUCAGGGCUGCAGUUUGUGCAUUUUUGCUUUGUUUCGUACUUUAAUACGAGAGCUCUGCUCUGUUCUAUCAUACGUGUAACGUACCGGGGAAUUUAUUGCAUAACCUCAUUCCGGUUUCCCGCGCAGAGGCAUGGCCUCGGACUCGGGGGGAAGCAGUGACCAAAACUCACAUCGCAGUGUUUCCUUCUCCCUACAUCCUCCUACAUUGGUGAUUAAUCCGUCUAACCAGACCAAUUCCUCACCCAUUAAUAUGAAUUCUAACGUUUCCAGCGAUCUUUCUAGCUCGAUGCUUAAAUCGCUAUUUGACGAAGCAGGCUUAUCUGAGGUAGCAACAUGCAACCCUAACAAAGAAAUUACGCCAUCAUCAUCAUCGCCACCCCCACUAUCAUCAGAUAGCUCUCAGAUAGAAGCACAAGGUCGUUCCUCGACCUCCCCCCCAAAGCGAUCUACCGCUUCGACAACUUCCACUUUGAAUCCUCGAGACUCCCCAAGGCCAAAUAACGCAGAAGACGCGAUCGGUGCGCGCUCUCAGGAUACUACUAAUGCUGCAGCUAACCUUAAAGCUGCACCUAAAUAUCGCCCCCAGGACAACGGUCCCUACGCGGUCUACGUCUACGACCUGAAUCGUGAAAAGGCUACACAUCCGAUUGUCAUCUCAAGUAUCAUCGCGAACUCAGGUAUUCCAGAUAUACAGGAGAUCAAAAAAAUCGGUAAAGGUAAAAUCCUUAUAGAGGCGAAAUCUGCCACCGCUGCUAAUAGGUUAGUAGAUAAUCCAACAUUUUCUAAACAUAACCUUAAAGCUUUCAUACCAGCCUUUAGAGUCAUCAGAGAAGGCGUCAUUCAGGAUGUACCUGUCGAACUUGCACUCGAAUACAUUCACACACACAUUGAAACGCCAACCGCCAAAAUCUUGGACAUUCAAAGAUUAAAUAGAAGAGUCACAAUAAAUGGUAAAAGCGAAUAUGUACCCUCCAAGACACUUCGCAUUAAAUUUGCUGGACAGAGUCGGACAUAUAGCUAAAGUCUGCAAGGGCCCGCCUAGGUGUCUAUAUUGUGGAAACAACGCCCAUGAAAACGAAGAC